AUGGAAAAAUUAACUGCCGGUGGCACAGCGGCCGCGCCGCCGCAUCGGCCCGUGCUCAUCAUUGGCUCUGGCACCACCGGCCUCGCCCUCGCACAGGGCCUGCGCAAGGCGGGGAUCGCAUGUAUUGUCUUCGAAAAGAACACCGCAAAACAUGGAGGCCGAGACUGGAACAUGGGCCUUCACUGGGGCGCAUCUGCCCUUGAGCCUCUCCUGCCUGACGGCUGGUGGGACCGCAUCCAGAGCGUCCAGGUCGAUCCAAAUGUGCCAACAAAAGAGCUGGAUACCAUGAAAUGGUUGCGAGGAGAUACAGGCGAGCUCGCCAUGUCUUUUGACCUUGGGCCAUUUUAUCGCUUGCGGAGGAGUAAGCUGCGGGACUUGCUCUCACAAGGCCUAAACAUGCAGUACGAUAAGCGCCUACAGGACAUUUCAUAUGCAGACAAUGGCCAGUCCGUUACCGCCCAUUUCGCUGACGGAUCCGCCGUUACUGGGAGCAUGUUAGUGGGCGCUGACGGCGCUCGCUCCUCAACGCGCCAGAUGCUGCUGGGCCGCGAAUUGGGCUCCAUCAACCACCUACCAUACGCCGCCACUUUUGUACAAAGCAAAUUUCCUGUCGAGCAGGCUUUGUAUCUUAGAUCAUUCCAUCCGCUAUACCUAGGCUGUGUGCAUCCAAACAAUAACUUUGGCUUCUUUGGAAUGCACGACGCGUCCAACGCCGAGGACCCUUCGUCAUGGACUUUCUUCUUCUACAUCUCAUGGCCGAGUAGCCUCGAAGAGCAGGAGGCAACCAAGGACUGGUCGCCUUCUCAACGGCUCACGCAGCAAAAAGAAUUUGCCAAAGCUUUCUGCGACCCUUGGAAGAGUGCACUUGAAUGGACUCCAGAAGGUACACCAGUAUGGUAUCUUGGACUGACAGACUGGGAUCCUGCCUUGCCUGGCCAUCGGUGGGAUAACCAUGACGGCCUUGUUACCAUGGUCGGGGACGCCGUUCAUCCUAUGACAUUUCAGCGUGGCCAGGGUCUCAACCAUUCGGUGACCGACGCGGAGAAGCUUUGUCAAGCAAUCGCUAAAAUUAAGGCGGGCGAAGAUAGACGGGCCAUGAUAGAUGAGUUUGAGGAAGAGAUGAUCAAGCGUGGAGGGACAGAGGUCAGGGAGGGCACUGCGAAUACGGUGAGGCUACACGAUUGGGAGCGCGUCAGGGAAAGUCCGCUCUUCAAAAAUGGCAUGAAAAAAGUGGAUGCUUGA